AUGUCGACCGUGGUUGCACUUUCGCAGCAUGCUUUUGGUCUUCGAUCCCACGUGAGCAACAAUAUCUGCUUCUUCGAUGAACAGAUCAUUAUAUUUCCUUCAGGAAAUUACUGUGUGAAGUACAAUAUAGAUCAGAAGUGGCAAAAAUUUAUUCCAGGCUCAGACAAGAGUCAAGCCAUGUUGGCCUUGUCCAUCAGCCCUAAUCGGCGAUACCUCGCUAUGUCCGAGAUAGUGCAAGAAAAACCUACCAUCACCAUUUAUGAACUGUCAUCCAUCCCUUGCCGGAAGCGCAAAAUCCUUAAUAAUUUUGACUUUCCAGUUCAAAAAUUUACUUGCAUGGCUUUUUCUCCAGACUCCAAAUACCUAUUGACUCAAACAUCACCUCCGGAGUCCAACCUUGUCUAUUGGCUGUGGGAAAAACAGAAAAUAAUGGCCAUUAUCAGAACUGACACUCAGAACAACCAUGUCUAUCAGGUGAGCUUCAGUCCUCACGAUAAUACACAGGUUUGCGUCACUGGAAAUGGGAUGUUUAAGCUUCUCCGUUUUGCAGAGGGAACCCUGAAGCACACCAACUUUCAGAGGGGAGAGCCCCAGAACUACCUAGCCCAUGCCUGGGUGUCUGAUGACAAGAUUAUCGUCGGCACUGAUACAGGCAGGCUCUUCCUCUUUGAAUCUGGAGACCUACGCUGGGAGGCAAGCAUCAUGGUCCAGGAGUCCAUCAGUGACACAAAGAAUCUGGAAGUGAUCCAGGAAUCAGAGAGCUUGAUUGAAUUUCCACCGCUCAGCUCCCCAGUCCCUUCCUACGAACAGGUCAUGAUAACCGCUAGCCACAGUCAGCUGGCCAUGCCCCAAGUGUUUGCCAUUGCAGUGUAUUCAAAGGGAUUUGCUUGUUCCGCUGGGCUGGGAAGAGUUCUGCUGUUUGAGAAGAUAGAAGACAAGGAUGUUUAUCAUGAGACCAGGGAAAUCCGGAUUCCUGUGGAUCUGCAGAGCAACGACUCAAGCCAGUCUGACAAACAGGACAUCCUCUGCUUGUGCUUCAGCCCCUCCGAGGAAAUGCUCAUCGCCAGCACCAGCAAGAACCAGCUCUACAGCAUCACCAUGUCCCUGAUGGAGAUCAGCAAGGGGGAGCCCGCCCACUUUGAUUAUCUGAUGUACCCACUGCACUCAUCGUCCAUCACUGGCCUAGCUACUUGCAUCCGCAAACCCCUCAUUGCCACCUGUUCUCUGGAUCGGUCUGUUCGCAUCUGGAAUUAUGAGUCGAACAGCCUGGAACUCUACAAGGAAUACCAAGAAGAGGCAUAUGCCAUCAGCCUCCACCCAUCUGGUCACUUCAUCGUAGUAGGGUUUGCUGACAAACUGUGCCUCAUGAAUCUACUCAUUGACGACAUACGUCCUUUCAAAGAAUACUCUGUCAGAGGAUGCAGAGAGUGUGCCUUUAGCAACGGAGGUCACCUGUUUGCUGCGGUCAACGGAAACGUGAUUCAUGUGUUUACCACCACCAGCCUGGAGAACAUCUCAAACCUGAAAGGACACACAGGGAAGAUCCGCUCCGUCGUGUGGAACGCAGAGGACAGCAGACUGAUUUCCUGCGGCACGGACGGCGCCGUAUACGAGUGGAGCCUGUCCUCGGGGAAGAGGGAGACAGAGUGCGUGCUCAAGUCCUGCAGCUACAACUGCGUGACCAUCUCCCCUGACGCCAAAAUUAUCUUUGCUGUUGGAUCUGACCACACCCUCAAGGAGAUUGCAGAUUCCUCUAUCCUUCGAGAGAUACCGGCAUUUGAUGUCAUCUACACGGCCAUCGUCAUCUCCCACUCGGGGCGCAUGCUCUUUGUGGGGACCUCAGUGGGAACCAUUCGUGCGAUGAAGUACCCUCUGUCUGCGCAGAAAGAAUUCAAUGACUACCAGGCCCACGCUGGUCCUGUCACCAAGAUGUCGCUCACCUUCGAUGACCAGUUCCUGCUGACGGUCUCUGAGGAUGGCUGCCUGUUCACCUGGAGGGUCUUUGAUAAGGAUGGUCGGGGAAUCAAGCGAGAGAGGGAGGUGGGCUUUGCCGAAGAGGUGCUUGUCACCAAGACAGACAUGGAAGAGAAGGCUCAGGUCAUGCUGGAGCUGAAGACUCGCGUGGAGGAAUUAAAAAUGGAGAAUGAGUAUCAGUUGCGACUAAAGGAUAUGAACUAUUCUGAGAAGAUUAAGGAGCUUGCUGACAAGUUCAUGCAGGAAAUGGAGUCCUUGAAAACGAAAAACCAGGUUUUAAAAACAGAAAAAGAAAAGCAGGAUAUAAGUCAUCGUGAACACAUGGAUGAACUCCUAGAUAAACAAAGCCGGGAGCUGCAGGACAUGGAAUGUUGCAACAACCAAAAGUUGCUUCUGGAAUAUGAGAAGUACCAGGAAUUGCAGCUGAAGUCCCAAAGGAUGCAGGAGGAGUACGAAAAACAGCUUCGGGACAACGAUGAGACCAAGAGCCAGGCCCUGGAGGAGCUGACCGAGUUUUAUGAGGCCAAACUGCAGGAGAAAACCAACCUUCUGGAAGAGGCCCAGGAAGAUGUCAGGCAGCAGCUGCGAGAGUUUGAGGAGACCAAGAAACAGAUUGAAGAAGAUGAAGACCGAGAAAUCCAAGACAUCAAAACCAAAUAUGAGAAAAAGCUUCGGGAUGAAAAGGAGUCAAACCUUCGGCUCAAAGGAGAGACAGGCAUCAUGAGGAAGAAGUUCAGCAGCCUGCAGAAGGAGAUUGAAGAGCGAGCCAAUGACAUUGAGGUCCUGAAGGGAGAGCAGGUGAAGCUGCAAGGAGUCAUUAAGUCCCUGGAGAAGGACAUCCUGAGCCUCAAGCGGGAGAUCCAGGAAAGGGAUGAGACGAUUCAAGAUAAGGAGAAGAGAAUUUAUGAUCUGAAAAAGAAAAAUCAAGAACUAGAGAAAUUCAAGUUUGUCCUUGACUACAAAAUAAAGGAGCUAAAGAAGCAAAUAGAACCUCGAGAGAAGGAGAUCAAGGUGAUGAAGGAGCAGAUCCAGGAGUUCCUCCAAACUUUCUGCUUUAGAAUCGACACUGAUGUGUUGUGGGCCCAGAGGGUCGAGAUUCACUUACACAACGUCACAAAGAAGCCAAGGAAGGUGCUUCUCUGCAGGACCCUGCCUCAGAUGGAAGCUGAACUGGAGCGUUUCCAUAAGCAGAACUCCCAGCUGGAGCUGAACAUCACGGAACUGUGGCAGAAAUUAAGAGCCACCGAUCAGGAGAUGCGCAGAGAGAGGCAGAAGGAGCGGGACCUGGAGGCGCUGGUCAAACGGUUUAAGACAGACCUGCACAACUGCGUAGCGUACAUCCAAGAGCCCCGGCAGCUGAAGGAGAAGGUCCGAGGUCUCUUUGAGAAGUACGUGCAGCGGGCAGACAUGGUGGAGAUCGCAGGGCUGAACACAGACCUGCAGCAGGAGUACGCCCGCCAGCGGGAGCACCUGGAGAGGAACCUGGCCACUCUCAAGAAGAAGGUGGUGAAGGAGAGCGAGCUGCACCGCACCGAUUACGUCCGCAUCAUGCAGGAAAACGUCUCCCUCAUCAAGGAGAUUAAUGAGCUCCGCCGGGAGCUAAAGUUAACCCGCUCCCAAGUCUAUGACCUUAAAGCAGCCCUGAAGGUGAUGAAGAAAGGCCAACCACAAGAGAGUUCAGAGACAGUGUCCACUACAAACUUGCUCGGCAUCACUCCCACCAUGAGACUAAAUGACCAAGAAGAAACCGGGAGAAUUAUUGAAAUGCAACGCCUGGAAAUCCAGCGCCUCAGAGACCAGAUCCAAGAACAGGAGCAGGUCCCAGGGUUCCACCCCAUCACUGGGAUUCGGCUUCCUUCCCUCGUCGGGUCAGAAGAGGACUUUGAGGUGCAGAUCAAGUGACCCCCUCCAGUGGGUGGGCUGUCUCCAGCCACACUAGAAGAAGCACUGUGCUCCUGUCCCCAGGCCAACUCUGGGCCACAGUCACUGCGGCACUGACUGCACUGAGGGCAUCAGCUUCUUUCUCCUGCUCCAAGGAAUGUGAUGCUUGCUCAGAGUAAAGGUGU